AUAUUCUGUGGCCUACAAUUUUAUUUUAAGAAUUGUUCUUUGGAAUUCUCGCAUUUUUUGCAAAUUAUUUAAUUUAAACAAAAAUUGGUGGAAUCGAAUUAUCGACGUUAUUUAUAUAUAUUGUGUAGACUGUAAGAUUAUAAAACAAUGAAUGUUAUCGUAGGCCCAUUUUUGACAUUUAUAAUAGGUAUAAACGUAGUAACUUCGUCUAAAGUUUUGGAGCUAAGUGACAAAUUCAUUGAUAUUAGCGGCGAAGGAGUUUGGUUUGUAAAGUUUUAUGCGCCAUGGUGUGCUCACUGUCGGAGGAUCGAACCUGUUUGGGCGCACGUUGCCCAGGCUUUAUACAGCAGUCCCAUCAAGGUAGCCAAAGUUGACUGUACACGAUUUCCUGCUGUAGCCACUCACUUCAAAGUAAGAGCUUAUCCUACAAUUAUGUUUAUAAAAGGUGAAUUUUGGCAUCAGUAUUCAGGAGAGAGACUAAAGGACGACAUGGUUAACUAUGCAAAGAGAAUGGUGCAACCAGCUGUGCAAAGAGUAUCACAUGCAGACAGUUUGGGUUACUUAAAAGAAACUCACAAUAUAUUCUUUGGUUAUGUGGGCAAACAACAGGGACCAUUAUGGGAAAUGUUUUCAAAUCAUGCAGAGAAAUAUCAGGCUCAUAGUUGGUUUUAUGCUUUAUCUCAUGAAAUUGCACAUGAGUUGAAUCCUCCAAAUGAUUCAUCUGUAUUUGUGUAUAAAGAGGAAGAGACUUUUUAUUUUAAAGCAAAUCCAGAAGUCCUGGAAGACAGAGAAACCUUAAAUAAUUCACUAAAUAAAUGGGUUAACUCAGAGAGAUUUGGAUUUUUCCCAAAAAUCACAAGAUCAAACAUAAAUGACUUAUUAGCCACUGAAAAAUAUAUAGUAAUAGCUGUUGUGUUGGAGAAUAAACUCAACGAAAUAACACAGACGGAACGUGACUUCAAGGACAUGAUCGAAAGCAUUAUAAGAAGUAAUAAGCAGGAAUUGCACAGUCACUUCCAAUUUGGUUGGAUGGGGAACCCAGAACUGGCAAACACAAUAGCAAUGUCAGAGUUGACGGUACCACAUCUGAUAGUUCUCAAUUCAACCACAAGCCACCACCACAUACCAGAUGACGAUCCCGUGUUAAUGACACCUGAAGCGGUCUCCUUGUUUCUUGACCAGAUACAUAAACAAGUGGCACCUACGUACGGAGGUAACAACUGGAUGGUCCAUGUGUAUCGGGGCUUUUUUGAAACGAGAACCACUCUGAUAAACAUGUGGCAUGGCAACCCGGUGCUCACUGCGCUCGUCUUUGGCCUGCCGUUGGGCUUCCUAUCGCUUAUCUGCUAUUCGAUCUGUUGUGCCGACAUACUCGAUGCUGAUGAGGAUGAAGAAAUCACAGAAACGCAUGAAAAGAAGGAUUAAGAAAUCAACUGGGUAUUUAAAAUUUUGUAGGUUUUCGCUAGUUCCCGAUUUUAUAUGAAUAGAUACUAUGUUCCUUGUACAGUUAUUGUUUUUAUUUUAUAAAAUUACAAAUUACCAACAAAAUAUUUUAAUAUUAUACACAAUAUAAUUUACAUUUAAAAUAAAUUAGAAUUAAAUAAAGCUUCAUGUAAAUUUAUAUCUGAAAUAGUUCAAAGUUAAUUUAAAGCAUAUAUUCGAAUAAUCAGAUUGUUCCCUGCAAACUUAUCGUUACACAAGUAAUGAAAAUUAAUUUGAAAAGGAGACCAACCAUUUUGAGUCUAAAAUGUUAAAGAAAAAUACAUUAUUUUAUAAUAAUAAAUCACAAUUGUUAAUAUUUUUUGUUGAAACCGUGCAUUUUAUAGUGUAGGUACUUGCCCAUAUCUUGAUUUUGUAACUGUCAAUCAAACUGAAAUUUGGUUAAAUGACCCUGAUUUGGCCAUUCUAACAGUUCAGUGAUUAGAUCUGGACCUAGAAAUAUAUGAAAAAUGGUUGGUCUUCUUUAAUCUAUGGUUUAUAGUUUUCACCAGCCAUUGGAGUACAAUUUAAAAAAGUUAACUAUAAGCGUCGAAUAUAGGAAUGUUUUUUAAGUGUGAAGUUCUUAGAUUAUAACAUGUAAGUGCUGAAUGGAAAUGUCGUGUAUGCAGUGGCGUGCACAUCAUAGAUGCAAAAAUGCAGUGCUUACCCUGAGCCCUGUAAACUGUAUACCCUGUAAUUGUUAUAGUUAUAACUAAUGUGGCAUGUUCGUUGAUGACACUUCCAUGAUAUGCGGGUGACGGUGGGAGACUGCGCGGGUGUGAAAUCGUGCGUGCGGGGAAGCGCGGUGCAUCGGUCGUGAGCUUUUCAUUCAUCGCUACACGCCCCCCGGCCCGCGCGGACCAUUGGGAGUGUUAUGAACGAAGUUGCCAAGCUAUAAUUUUCCAUUUUCUACAGUAUAGUGCCUACUGCCUACCCUAUUUAAAAACCUUAUGCACACCACUGCAUGUUAGAAAUAAACAACUAGCUAGUAUAUUAAAUAUCUAAAUAAGCCUAAUAAGAAUCUUUUUAUGAAGUUUAUCUGAUUUUAUUCUGUUGUAACUUAUUACAUCUUUACAAUUUUGUAUUAUAGUACUUACUACCAGGCAUAGGUAAGAGGUGCAAUACAACCAUGUGUUUUACAUGUACCUACUUAUCUGUCUAGAUCAGAGAUUCCCAAACUUUUUUCAUCAUAGACCACUUUUUAAUUUAACUGGUUCCGGUGGACCCCCCGCUAAAUUUCUAUCCUGAUCAAAAAAUGUGAUUAGAUUCACCUAUGAAAAUUUUCGAAACAGCCACCAUGACAUAACAGUUUAAAAAAAAAUAAUAAGAAUUAGUGAAUUAAUUAAUUAUCUGUGCAGUAAGUUAUUACAGCCAGCUUUAUUUUUGUUAUCUACUCAUAGCACACAAGGAAGCAAUCAAUUCACAAAUUAUUUUUAUUUAGAAAACUCCCCAUUCGGUAUGAAACCAGAUUAUUCUUCAUAGACCCCGCUUACCGCUUACGAAUCGUGAACCCCCAUUUUUAUGUAACGUCAAUAUACACCGCCGAGUCUUCCGUAGACUGGGGUUCCACCUGAACCACUUUGAGAAUCGAUGGUCUAGAUUCUCGUUUAAGAUACACAUUGAAAGGGAAUCUGUCCCUCUGGUGUUUCCUGAACCAUAUAAAAGUACAACAUGGGACUUUUCAAUUCAUCUACAAAUAAAGAGUAUGUAUUUGAAAUUUGAAUAAAGAUUGUAGCUCAUUAGACCCACCCGGCUACGACCUUUAGCCCACAUCCAGCAAGGAAAACAUAAGAUGUGAUGAUAAUUUUAGGGAGGAUCUUGAAUUUCUACUAUGAGGCUACUACUUAUACUUAAAACUUUAAAAUAUUAUACUGACAUUUACGAUACAUAAUAUGCUUAUGUGAUUAUUUGGCUGAGCAAUUUAUUAUACAUUUUACUUAUAUUUACUUUGGUUUAUUGUUUUUUUGUGUAUAAUCUAGUCUCAAAUAAAUAUGUAUUACACUUA